AAAAUCUUCUAGUAAACAUUCGAACUCCAAAUUUCAGACAUCUCAAUCUUUUUCCCCUCGUUUCGUGCUGCCGAGGAGGAAAGGGGAAAAUGGGAGUCGGAACUAGUAACUUUGUCAUCAGAUGGAUCAACUUUUUCACCAUGCUUUUGGCUGUCGCAGUAAUAAUAUUUGGAAUAUGGAUGAGCAAUCAUCAUGAUGGCUGUAGGAAGUCUCUCACUCUGCUAGUGAUAGGCCUUGGAGCAUUCAUCUUCAUAAUGUCAGCCUCGCAUUUCUUAUCAACUUUGCUGUCUUCUUUGGUUGGAAUAUUUCUUCUUGUGGAUUGUCCUCUAAUCCAAGCUUUUAACUUUUAUAGAUCUGUAAUUGGUUUCUUUGGUGCCUUAAAAAACAGCUCGAUGCUGUUAUGGGUUUAUCUGAUCACACUGUGCUUCAUCUUAAUAGCUAUUCUGGUCUUCACUGUAUUGGCGUUUAUUGUGACUAAUAAUGGAUCAGGCCAUAAUGUGGCUGGCUUGAGGUACAAAGAGUAUCAACUGGAAGAUUACAGCUCAUGGUUCCUAAAACAAUUGAACAAUUCUCAUAACUGGGCUCGCCUGAGGAGUUGUCUUGUCAAAUCUGAAGACUGCAAUAAACUAUCAAAAAAAUACAAGACUCUUAAACAGUAUGAAUUAGCUAAAUUGACUCCAAUCGAGGCUGGCUGUUGCAGACCACCUUCAGAAUGUGGAUAUCCUGCUGUGAAUGCAUCAUACUAUGACUUGACCUUUCAUCCAGUUAGCCCUAACCAUGACUGCAAACGGUACAAAAACUCUCGGGCCGUCAAAUGCUAUGAUUGUGAUUCUUGCAAGGCUGGCGUUGCACAAUACAUGAAAACUGAGUGGAGAAUUGUCGCAAUAUUCAAUGUUGUUUUAUUUGUGGUGUUGUCUAUUAUAUACUUUGUGGGAUGCUGUGCAAGACGAAAUGCUGCUAGGAGCCAUUCUAAGGCUUGAAGAGAGAAUCUGUAUGCUUCUUCUACAAAUUGCCAAAGGGAGAUCAAUGUCUGCGGCAUUUGGUUUAUACUCGUGUAAUGACUUCAUAAAUCUUUUAAAUCCAUUUGCUAAAAGAAUUGUGUGAUUUUCUGUACCCAUGAGACCUGCCUUGAAUUGUUAUAUCAUCAAAACAUUGAUAUUCUUUGAUGUGUAUAGAAAAUUCAAAUCGAACAAACUUACUGUGCAUGGCAAAGUUUAACCAUCCAAAGUUUAGUUUAUACUUUAUUCCCUUUGGAA